AUGCAGCUCUUGGAACUCCCUCUGGACAUCUUGAAGAUUGUCAUUAAGUUCACAGUACAAGAGCUCAGGUUGAAGUCAAUGAAAACCCGCCUUACAUGCCGCACGUUUGCAAACGAAAUCUUCGACGCUGUAAUCACAACAAGAGUCAUUGAGGACGCUGCGAUAUAUUCUCUGGGCCUGUUCAGGAUCGCCUACCACCACAAUGUGAUUGCACGAUACCUCUACCACCGGGUUUGUACUGAUGGAUCUGUCACCCAUCCUUGGAUUACUACUAUUCGCGAGACCAGCCAGAUGCUUGCGCAGCAUACUAGUUUGGAGAAUGACGCUGCGCGAGUUGAGCUGAUAGAGCGCGGCGCUUGCUUAUGCUUGGCUGUGAACGCAGGCUGUGGCGUGUUCAGGGUAAUGAAGAGAGAAGAAAAGGAUGACAGAGCCCAACUUGAGGGUUGCACUUGGGCCAACUGCCUUGCUAUAGCUGCAUGGAUUGGUGACAAGACUCUGGUAGAGGCGCUCAACAAGGGAUCGGAUCCACCAUCGUUCUUCGGAAGACCAUCAUGGGCUGCGGCCGCCCAAGGGCAUGCCGACAUCUUGCAGUUCUUCCUGGAUGAAGGCGCUUUGCCCUACGAGCCCACUUUCGUUGCAGGCCCGAACUUCAGUCGCUCCAAGAGCCCUCUCGGUGCGGCCGCGUACAUGGGCCAGGAAAACACUGCCCGUCUCUACAUACGGCCGCCGUACUAUUGCUCUGAGACGCAGCUCGAGGAGAAAACUGCCGUUUACUUUGCAGCGCAAGGCAACCAGCCCACAACUCUCAAAGUUCUACUGGAACACUGCAGGGAAAAUUCAACGCCGCAAGAGUUCCUGUCCAUCAUCGAUGGUGCCCUCGUCUGGAGCUGUAGACGCGGGGCCACCAUUUGUGCUCAGAUUCUCUUGGACUAUGGCGCCGAUGUAAACGAGUCAGACACUGCUCCACGCUCGUGUCUACAGCUAGCUGUGAUUGCUGGCAAUGCGCCAAUCGUCAAGAUGCUGCUCGAUGCGGGCGCUUCGCUUGAGGCAGACGGCAUGGUUCACCGGCGUUCCUCUACAAUAUUGACGCAAAGGAAGCGUCAAAAGGAUGCAUUGACAGAGGCUUACCGUAGGGACAAUACGGCGAUUAUAAAAAUGAUAGAGGACCGACGAGAGCUGAUUAGGGAGGGGCUUCUAAGGUAG